AUAUGCCUUUUAAUCUUCAUUCGACGCCGUCAGUUAUGAAGAUUAGCAUCUGUGCAGUCCUCCUCGCCGUCCUCUGCCAGGGCGUCCUCUCUGGAUUAUCUCGAGACGUGAUUGAAUGUGUGCCCGGUCAACUUGUCUGGGUGCAAUGCAACCUUUGUACUUGCAACAGGCAAGGAAUACCAAAUCAAGUCUGUGCCAAAAUGUGGUGCCCGCCCAUGCCGAAGACCACCACUCAAAACUCGGCGGAAACUGACGAAUAAUAACCUUACCAAACAAACAAAGGUUCUGUAAAUUUCCCAUGUAUAUGAAAAAAGAUUAUUGUAAAUAUAAUUUUAAAAUGUC